AUGACCCACCAGACCCACUCAUACCAUAUAGUUAACCCGAGCCCUUGACCACUAACAGGGGCUCUCUCCGCCCUCCUCAUAACAUCAGGAUUAGUAAUAUGAUUCCACUUCAAUUCAAUGCUUCUUUUAACUCUAGGCAUAGCAACCAAUACGUUAACCAUAUAUCAAUGAUGACGAGAUAUCGUCCGAGAAGGAACAUUCCAAGGCCACCACACUCCUACCGUUCAAAAAGGCCUACGAUACGGGAUAAUCCUUUUCAUCACAUCAGAAGUCUUCUUCUUCGCAGGCUUCUUCUGAGCCUUCUACCAUUCAAGUCUAGCACCAACCCCCGAAUUAGGAGGGUGCUGACCACCCACAGGUAUUUCACCACUAAAUCCCCUAGAAGUACCACUACUUAACACCUCAGUCCUUCUAGCCUCCGGAGUUUCCAUUACCUGAGCUCAUCACAGCCUAAUAGAAGGGGACCGCAAACACAUACUUCAAGCCCUUUUCAUUACCAUCUCUCUAGGCCUAUACUUCACUCUCCUACAAGCCUCAGAGUAUUAUGAAGCACCAUUUACAAUCUCCGACGGGAUUUACGGCUCCACAUUCUUCAUAGCCACAGGAUUCCACGGCCUCCAUGUCAUCAUCGGAUCCACCUUCCUUAUUAUCUGCUUCCUACGUCAACUAAACUACCAUUUUACAUCCAGUCACCAUUUUGGGUUUGAAGCAGCUGCCUGAUACUGACACUUUGUAGACGUCGUAUGACUGUUCCUAUACGUAUCUAUCUAUUGAUGAGGAUCUU